AUGCCAGUUACAGGUCAGUCCGGUAUUUCCACGACUUGGAAGAGAGAGGGAAAAAAAAAAAAAGAAAAAGGAGUAGAAGAAACUUUGCAAAAAACGCUAGAAAGUUCGGCCAAUUUUCCUACCGAAUUUUCUCUUUGCAGACAAACAAGUGCACGAGCACCUCAGUCACUCUCUUUCUUUCUAGAUAUAGAAAAUUUUUCUUCAUCUAUAGAUCCGCCGUUUCUUUAGUGUUUCUUACGAUGCCGUCUCGCCGUAGAACCCUCUUGAAGGUUAUCAUCCUCGGCGAUAGUGGGGUAGGGAAGACGUCUUUGAUGAAUCAAUAUGUAAAUAAGAAGUUUAGCAAUCAGUAUAAGGCGACGAUUGGGGCUGAUUUUUUGACAAAGGAAGUGCAGUUUGAGGAUAGGCUUUUCACCUUACAGAUCUGGGAUACUGCUGGGCAGGAAAGAUUCCAGAGCCUAGGUGUCGCUUUCUACCGUGGUGCUGAUUGCUGUGUCCUUGUGUAUGAUGUCAACUCAAUAAAAUCAUUUGACAACCUUAACAACUGGAGAGAAGAGUUUCUUAUUCAGGCAAGCCCUUCAGAUCCAGAGAAUUUCCCAUUUGUUGUUUUGGGAAACAAAGUUGAUGUGGAUGGUGGAAACAGUAGAGUGGUGUCUGAGAAAAAGGCUCGAGCAUGGUGUGCCUCAAAAGGAAAUAUUCCAUAUUUUGAGACAUCAGCCAAGGAGGGAGUUAAUGUGGAAGAAGCUUUUCAAUGCAUAGCAAAGAAUGCCCUAAAGAGUGAGGAAGAGGAAGAAAUAUACUUGCCUGACACCAUUGACGUUGCAAGCAGCAGCCACUCAAGGUCAACUGGAUGUGAAUGUUGAAAUAUAUUAUGUGAUUUUUUUCUGGUUCAGUAAAAUUUAUCAUUUAAGUGUUACGAAUGAUUUGGCAUUCCCAACCAUUUUUAUGGAUUCAUAUCGGGGCUACGCUGUACAAUUAGUGUUUGUGUGAGAAACAAAAUGGUCUGUUAAUGCUUUCGUUGGAUUUAGUUGUCUGGUGCCUGUGUAAUGUUCAAGUUCCUCAUUCGUUCAACAUUCUUGUAUUUAGCUUAGCGCUACCCAAGUAUUGUCUGGCUAGUAGACUUGAUAUCAUGAUUGUUGGGCACUUCA